GUAAUGCAAGACAAAAAGGAAAAUUUUCGAAAAAUCCAAAUAGAGAAUAUUUAACUUUUCAAUCAUACUUUUGAUUUUCUUAUAAUACAUGAUAUUCGUUUCUUCAUGUGGAAUAACAAUUGGAGUUUUUUAUAUCGUAGUAUAAUAUUUUAUAUUAAGCAAAUAAAAAUCGUCUCCGUUCAAUUAUAUGAAUUAAGAAAUAUGUACGCUAAGUCAUUAAACGUUGAUAAGUAAAUAAAAAAAAAUUUAUUUAGCCGCGAAACUUGAUUUGCCAGUAACUCAAUAUAAUUUCGAGUUAAUUUUAACGAUAGACUUGUGUUUUGUGAUGUAAAAGUGAGGCAGACAUUCGGUGGGGCUUCGCACGAUCGAUUAAUCGAACGCGUAGGCCGCGUUGGGUAAUCACAGAGACGAUUUUAGAGCCGUUUGAUCUGGGUGCAUGUAUCUGGUGCGUGUAUCUAGUGUAUGUACGACGAUAAGCUAUGAGCCGCCCCCAUCACACAUGGCGCACCGCGAUGAGUAACUCCAUCGACUUUGGCGUAAACGCGGCGGCGCGUUUAGUGAUUUAGUUGGUGCGCAUCGUUCAAGUGCAUUGAAUAUUCGCGUCUCUCCCGACGCGUAGUCUCGCGAAAUUAGUAACGUGUAACUCCGGUUAAUCUUCCUCAAUUGUUUGCGUCGUGCUCUCUAAAAUGUACGAUUAAUCUUUUGUAACAAUUACGUAUAAAACAAUGAUUCUAUAUAAAUAUAUGGAUAAUUAAUCUGUUGACAGAGUUUGUGAUCUUGGAUCAUCUUUGCUCUUCGCUUUAUCGGCGUUGCGUUUGGAUAACAUUCGUGUGGAUCUCAGAGGAGUAUGAAGAUUUUUCGCAGGAUCUUUAGGAAGAAAAAGAAGAAGUACAAGAAAUCUCGGAAGACCACGUCGAAGAAAAGGAUCGCAAGCAGCUCGCACGAUGCGCAUUUACUAAGAGACGAUUUCCUCUUCGGCACCAGUAUCGCGAAUACUUCGAGACGGCAUCGGCGUAAACAUAAGACUGCAGACAGAGGAUGGGAGAUCCAUCACGUUACAGUCACAAGAGUUCCCGGUUACGGCUUUGGUAUAGCUGUGUCAGGAGGUCGCGAUAAUCCUCAUUUUACUAAUGGUGAUCCAGCGAUCGCAAUCUCCGAUGUGCUGAAAGCUGGUCCAGCUGAAGGAAAAUUACAAGUUAAUGACCGUAUCAUCUCCGCCAAUGGGGUAUCAUUGGAAGGAGCCGAUUAUGGGGCUGCCGUGCGGGUCCUGCGGGAUUCCGGUUCUACCGUUUUGUUGGUUGUUAAACGAAGAGCUUUUUCGAAUUCACCCGGUUGCUUAGGCAGCGUUGCAUCUCAGAGUCAUCGACUCACGCUCACGCGAAACAAUAAGAAGGAUGACUUUGGCAUAGUGCUGGGAUGUCGAUUAUACGUAAAGGAGGUUACGCGAGAAAAUAUCGGAGUGAAAACUGGGGACGUGUUAACCCGAAUAGGCAGUGUCGCCGCCGAUAAUAUGAGUCUGAAGGAAGCUAGAAAGCUGAUGGACCAGUGCAAAGACAGGCUCUCGAUUGUAAUUACACGGGACAGCUCAUGUUGCCACGUACAGCAGCAAAGUAAAGGGGAUAGCGGUGAAUAUCUGUCGGGUGCGAGUUACAGUAGUCAAAACUUGUACGUUCCGCCACCUACGAGGCAACCCUUGGAUGAUAAGAGUAAUCUUGUGCCGAGGGGUCGUUCGCGGGGUCCGCUGAUGGACGUGUCUUUGAGUCAACUGGAUCUACCAGCUACGCCCACUGUGGAUCCACCCAGGCCACCUCCGCCCAGACCAGAAGAUUAUUACAGUACGCGCAGACAACUGUACGAUGAAGAUUCGGUUUCACCUCGAACAAAGCAGCCCAUGCCGGAUCCUCGAUUUAUUACUUUUCAAAAGGAAGGAUCCGUAGGGGUGCGAUUAAGUGGCGGCAAUGAAACCGGGGUCUUUGUGACUGCAGUUCAAGCGGGAAGUCCUGCGUCUCUUCAAGGUCUUCAGCCAGGAGAUAAAAUCUUAAAGAUAAACGAUAUGGAUAUGAAAGGAGUGACGAGAGAAGAGGCUGUGCUGUUUCUUCUUAGCUUACAAGAACAGAUCGAUCUUAUCGUACAACAUCGACGUCAGGAAUACGAUCAGAUCAUUGCAUCGGGCAGAGGCGAUUCCUUUCAUAUAAAGACUCAUUUUCAUUAUGAGCAACCACAGAAAGGUGAAAUGAGUUUUCGCAGCGGAGAUGUCUUUCAUGUGGUGGAUACCCUUCACAAUGGUGUUGUUGGAUCCUGGCAGGUUUUUCGAAUUGGACGAAACAAUCAGGAGGUACAGAAGGGCAUUAUACCUAACAAAGCCCGCGCUGAAGAGCUCGCAACCGCGCAAUUUAACGCUACGAAGAAGGAGAUGAGUGCUAGCGAAAGUAGAGGUAGCUUUUUCAGAAGAAGAAGAAAUAGCCACAGACGUUCAAAAUCUUUAGGAAGGGAUCAUUGGGACGAUGUGGUGUUCUCCGAUAGCGUUAGCAAGUUUCCAGCUUACGAGCGUGUGAUCCUACGACAUCCCGGAUUUAUCAGGCCCGUUGUUCUCUUUGGGCCCGUAGCUGAUCUCGCUAGGGAAAAACUUCUCAAGGAUUUCCCCGAUAAGUUCACCUCCCCACAAAUGGAAAGCCAAAUGGAGGACGGUACGGGAAAGAAUACUAAAACAUCUGGUAUCAUUCGGUUAAGCGCUAUCAGAGAGGUAAUGGAAAGGAGCAAACAUGCGUUGUUGGACAUCACUCCGAAUGCCGUGGAUCGCUUAAAUUACGCCCAGUUUUAUCCAAUUGUUAUCUUCCUGAAGGCCGAGACGAAGCAAGUCAUCAAGGAGAUGAGAGCUGGCAUACCAAAAUCAGCGCACAAGAGCAGUAAAAAGCUUCUAGAACAAUGUCAGAAGCUCGAUAAAAUCUGGGGACACGUGUUUAGCGCGGUGAUUACUCUCAAUGCGCCGGAAGCUUGGUACCGGAAGCUCAGAGAGCUCAUUGACCGUCAGCAGCAAGGCUUACUAUGGAUGAGUCAAACCAAGCCAGAAGAAGCUCUCUCGGAUGAUUUCCUAUUCCCGAUGACUUCUCGCCUCUCCUACGCUUCCUCCCCGGAAAGCGAUUUGGAAUUGAGUCCGGCACCCGUUAUUCCCGGCACUUUGGGUCCACCGUCGCGGUUAAAGAGCAGUUCUGACCCCAGUAUUGCUACUCAAGAUGACACCACUGCGCCGCCACCGUAUUCGACGAAUUAUCAGCAAUCAUUUGAGCAGCAAAAGAGAAGAUCUCAAGGCGGGAUGGGAGACAGCAAGUACGGUUUCUCAUUGUCCGGUCAAAUGAGUAAUCAAUCCGGCUCGCCAGAAUACUUGGGUGGUUCCUCCGAACCUAGAUCUCCUCAUCACAGUCCUCCGGAUCUACCGCCGCGGGUUGAUCGAAACGUGAAGCCGAUUAAUCAAACGCCGCGGGGAACUGUAGGACGAUCCGCCCAGGAGCGGCUAGGAGUAAAUAAAAUUGAUUCGGUCCUGGAUAUGGGGAAUUAUAUCAAUGCGACUCCUCACAAAGCAAAUGCCACAUCGUCUCUCGAACGAGCGCAGCCGAAAGCGGGAAGUUACGACAGCAUGUCUUCAUACGAUUCAUACAACAAUACCAAUGGAAAUGCGAAUUAUGGGGCGGUGAAUUUAAACGCAUCAACAGGUCGUUUGGGCCCGAAUGUACCUGAUGAUGUCAAAAGCAGUAAUAUGUCGGUGAGAGCGCACGAUCCGUAUAGAUUAACCAGAUCUCAGGUUCAAUUAGUUAGCAUAAAAUUAUCGCUUUUUGUAUAUUAUAGCCGAUCCACCGAUUACAAAUCGAUACCAAUGUCGCAAAAUAAACCGGGAGGCACUUACAAACCUAUACCGCCUCCGAAGCCAAAAAAUUACAGACCACCUCAAGCAUCGCUUGCUCAAACAGAAAACAACGGGAAUGAUGGGAAUAAUUCGUAUCAACACUCGAAAAGUUAUUCCAUUGCCACAUCGCAUGUACAUAAUGGGGUAGAAAAUAAUGUGCAGCGUAACAGCAACCAGUAUUACUACAACAUUCCGCCGCCCGGUCGUUACAAUGAGGGCAAUCUCGUGAAUUCACAUCACAAUCUAAAUCAUCUCACGACGCCGACGCACAGUCAUAGUCUCAGCCACAGCCACGCGCACUCUCAUUCCAGCCCGCCAGUGACUACCGCGCAUUCUCACAGCAACAGUGCCGGCCAGAUCAGUUUCGGACUGCAUAAUCGGAACAGCACAAAUCACAAUGGGUACAUGCAUGGUAAUAAUCCCCAUGGUACCGCGGGUUCGGUUUAUCCAUCUGCUAAUCCUGGACAUAAUAGAGAACCUAGUGGUUUAGAUCUGGCUGGUAGUCGCGAGCAAAGAGGAAGCGCUUUCGAACUCUAUCGAAAACCGGUUCAUCAUUAUAAUAUGAGUUAAUGUGUACCCCGAUGCAAGACUUGUUAUAUUAAUAAAUUUCUAUUGGAGUGCAGAGAAAUCGUGCAAUGUCAUAGACAUAGACGAAAAAACAAAAGUUAUAUUUAAGAUUAUGGUAUUACGAAGAGUAUAUCGUGCCUUCCAAAAGAACCUAUUUUUCCAUUUAUGUAAGAAUCUUGAGAUGUCAAUAGCAUCAACAGAUUUCUUAACUUUACGAAAAAGUGCUUAGUUAGAUAUUUUAUACACAUAUAAAGAACAAAUUUUAACUUUAUUAUGAGAUUUUAUAGAAUUUUUUAUUAGAGCAAAAAUAAUGAUAAAGAUUAUCGUUAUCGAGAUAUAUACGUAAAAAAUUUUUCAAUAACUUCUUAACAUAAAUCGCGCAUGUAUUUAAUAAGAAUAAUAUACAAAGAUACUUAAAGAAAAUCUUUUUGUAAGUGCAAUGUAAUGUAACAAUACUCAGUCGCUUAUAUACACGAGAUAAAAUCUGUAUAAUCAUAUAAUAGUCACAUAUUUUUCUGCUUCCACAUUAAAAAUAUGGUAAAUGCCACAUCGGCAGGAAAGUAAUUUUAUACAAUUUUAUUGAAUUCACAUUAUGUGAACAUAAUGCCAUUGCGACACAUUUAGGAUACUUAAGUAUUUGUUUUUUUGUUUUUUAAGCAGACAAUUGUAGACAUUUUGGAUUUGUCAUAUGACAAUGCAUUUAUGUAUUAAUGUAUUUCUGACAUAUGUGAUAACGAUACACGAAAUUCUUUAUUGUUAUUUACAUGAGAUGUACCCGGUUUCAAAUUCUUUGAUGGAAUAUUACUUUUUUUAUCGCUAAAUAAGAAAAAUGUAGAAAUAAUUUAUUGAAAAAAUUAUAGAAAAAGAGGAAAAGAAAUAUCUUUUUUAAUUACAUAUAAAAAAGAUACAGAUAAAAUAAGUACAAAAAUGCAAUUUUUACUAUUUCUCUAUAAAUAAGUAGAAAUUGUAAAUAAAGUACGUUUUGCUACAUAAAUCUUAUGUAUCCAUAUAAAAGAAAAACAUUUUAUUGUCUCUCUAAGAAAACUUAAUGAUGAUUGUUCUUUUGAAGAAUUUUUCGAGAAGAAUACCUUGUUUUUCAAUUGGGUACGCUCAUAUUUAUUUAUUAUAAAUCUAAUUGCGUGUCAUUAUGUUAUUAGUAAACCAAAUGGCCUUUUUAGAUUUUUUAGGUAUCGUUAAAAUUAAGUUGAAUUUUUAUAAUAAAGAGUCUGUAUUAUUAAUAAUUAGAUUUAUAAUUAUUAGAUAUAUAAGUAGUUUUUGCCAUUAUAUACCAAUCUUGUAUCACAAGUUAAUGCGUAAACAGAUUAUAUUACUGUUAACGACGUACAACGGCAUAAUACGUUACAAUCGGUAUAUUAAACGAAAUUACGUAUAUAUACGUUAUAAUUAAGUAUUAAGUAGAAUUAGUAUUAAAAUUUGAUUAUAUUAUUUCAACAGCCAUAAGUAUUAAAUUUAAAUAUAUAAUUGACAUACGUUUUAUAUCUCGUGCUACUGUAGCAAGGCUGUAAAUUCUUAUACAUUUGUGCAAAGACGAAUGUAUAUAUGCAAUAUCCACAUGUUUAUUCCACAGUUUAAAAGUAACAAAAGUUUUAAAGCCCAGAAUCCAGAACCCAGAAUAAAAAUACCUGUAUCACAAAUCUUUUUAUACAGGAAUAAAUGGAAUAAUUCUAUA